AUGGACGCUGAUCCUAGCUCAAAGCAUGGCCGAACGGCCCAGCUGGCUCUAGAUACAGAAGUACCAUCUACAAGAAGUUCGGAGCUUGGCCCAAAUGCCAUGAAGAGCGUUAGACCCUCCUCCGGCUCCUACGAUAGCCCGUUGAGACAGCAUGCUCGGUAUCCCACAGCUCCACGACAAGUCAAAGAAACCCUCAACGCUCAAUCGACAUAUACAAACAGCCAGGACGAUAACACUGCGGAACAUCGUAUAAAUCAAUACUUGAUCAAACAAGAGAUUGGCAGGGGCUCGUUUGGCGCCGUCCACCUGGCCACAGAUCAAUAUGGAGAGGAAUAUGCUGUUAAAGAAUUCUCCAAAUCGCGACUGCGAAAACGUGCUCAGUCCCAUGGGUUACGCCGUCGCCCGGGAAGACACCCAAGCGCCCAACCCGCCGGUGUCGGCUUCAAUUCACCUCUCCAUCGACACCCUUCCGGUAUCGAGGACGGGGAAAAUGGAAACUCUCUAUAUCUUAUCAAAGAGGAAAUUGCCAUCAUGAAAAAACUCAAUCACAGCAACCUUGUAUCACUGAUAGAGGUACUAGAUGACCCUACCGAGGACUCCCUUUACAUGGUUAUGGAGAUGUGCAAGAAGGGCGUCAUCAUGAAAGUUGGUCUAGGUGAACAGGCAGACCCGUAUAGCGAAGAAAAUUGUCGAUGUUGGUUCCGUGAUCUUAUCUUGGGUAUUGAGUACCUACACGCUCAGGGAAUUGUGCACCGCGAUAUAAAGCCUGACAACUGCCUGCUGACCAACGAUGAUGUCCUCAAGGUCGUUGACUUUGGUGUCUCAGAAAUGUUUGAGAAAUCUUCCGAUAUGUACAUCGCCAAGUCGGCUGGUUCUCCUGCUUUUAUACCGCCAGAGCUCUGUGUUGCCAAACAUGGUGAGAUCUCUGGUCGAGCUGCGGAUUUGUGGUCAAUGGGUGUGACUCUUUACUGCCUACGCUAUGGCCGUAUACCAUUCCAUACAAGCAAUAUAUUCGACUUGUACAGCUCGAUCAGAAACGACGAGGUAGAACUUCCGGGUGAAACGAAUGAAGAUUUUAAGGAUCUCAUGAAGAAGAUCCUAGAGAAUGAUCCAGCAAAACGAAUAACUAUGCCGCAGUUGAGGGUCCAUCCUUGGGUUACCAAAGGUGGUACGGACCCCCUUUUAUCUGAAGAGGAGAAUACUGCGACUCUCGUGGGCCCGCCUACAGAUGAAGAGAUGAACACCGCAAUCACUAGAAAUCUGGGCCAUGCGCUUAUAGUGGUUAAAGCUGUUCAGAAAUUUAAAAGACUCAUUAACGACGGAAGCCCUCUGCAGAUGGAAAGCAUUCUUGGCGAUGGUGAAGCAUCUCACUUCGUACAGCCCCCGCUUCUCAUGGGAGAGGAGGAAGAAGAAGAAUUCAGUGCCGUCCUGCACAAUAGAAAUAUCAAAGAACACGUUUACCCAAGACGGCCAGAUCAACCCAAACGGCCAAGCCAGGCGGCUUCCGAUAAACCAUCUUCACACAACUUUGAGAUUUGUCAAUCACCAUCACCACAACUUCAACACACCCCUAGAGUGGGCACACCAACGAGACAAACUGGAUCUGAAGGAACCCGUGGGCAUGCCCGUGACCCACUAGAGGAAGAAAUGCCAUUUCUCAACGUCGGCCCUUCAAAUUUUGGCACUGACACCGAACCUGCCCAAAACCAAGGCCUUUUAUCUCUGGAAUCUGGCGGAAUUCCCAUACCCCCCAGCCAAAAGCUUGCCGAAUCACCCAUGGUUGUGAGUGAGUCUCCUCCGGCAGCAGAUAUCGAUAUCUACGAGACGGCUUAUAGGGAGAUAAUCGAGCGAAUUACCAGCCAAAGCCGUGAAGCCCGGUCGCCUACGCCCAGAGUAUAUCUCAACCGAAGAGUCGAGAAGAAGGCAACUAACGUUUCUGGUUUGUGGUCGAUAGCUAGAAAAAAUAGCAAGCUAUCAGGCCCAUCUAACCCUUCUUUGCCUACCGCUGCCGUACACGGCGGACCUACCCCGCGUCCUAGCCCUAUCAAGCGGUUUACGGCGGCUGCAGCAUCUUUUGCAGCAUCUUCAGGGCAGCGGUCACCGUCGCCUUUGGUAGCAGCAGUUACGGUGAACGAUGGAGUGGUGUCAAGUCAGGAGACUAAACCUAACCUUAUAGAAACAACUGCAACAGUCCCUGAGACAACUGCAUCCCCUACUACCCUUUCACCAACCGAAAUUGCAACAAAGGGUUUGUGA